AGAAAGAUGGAUAUCUUCAUGGACCGGAGUUUUGCUGUGACUGCUAACAGCAGCCACGAAACAGGAGGACCUGAAGGCAACAAAGGCCAAGGACUCAACCACAGUGACCCGUUGGACAUGUUUAUAGGCAUGGAGCUUCUUCAGAGAUUCAAACCUCUCUUUCUGCCGCUCUAUUGCCUCGUAGUGGUCGUCGCCGGCGUUGGAAACACGUUCUUGUUGGCUUGCAUCUUAGCCGACAAGAAACUCCACAACGUCACUAACUUCUUCAUCGGUAACCUAGCGGCGGGCGACCUGCUGAUGUGUUUGAGUUGUGUUCCACUGACCGUGUCUUACGCCUUCGAUAGUCACGGCUGGGCUUUUGGGAGACCUCUCUGCCACUUGGUCCCCUUGCUGCAGUGUGCCACAGUGUUCGCCUCAGUGCUUUCACUCACUGCCAUUGCAGUUGAUCGCUACAUUGUUGUAGCCCACCCAGUGAGACAGAGGAUUUCUGUGUGGGGUUGUGGUGCAGUGACUCUUGGUGUGUGGCUUUUAUCCCUGGCCUUGGCGGCGCCUCCGUCUCUCUACACGCGCUACCUGGACCUGCGUCCCAGCGGCAUUGACCUGGUGGUGUGCGAGGAAUUCUGGCCCGACAGUGGCAAUCUACGUCUAUUAUACUCCUGCUUCAUUCUGAUAACCUCCUACAUGAUCCCACUGCUGUCAGUCAGCGUGUCCUACUGUGCCAUCACGGUCAGCCUCAAACGGUAUUCCAUACCUGGGGAGCCUUCCAGCAGUCAACAGCGCUGGAGCCAAAGAAGGAAGAAGACCUUCUCUCUGCUGGUGGCUUCAGUGCUGGCCUUCGCUCUGUGCUGGCUGCCUCUCCAGGUGCUGAACCUGUUGCUGGACCUGGACCCAGACUUUCUCAUAAUAGGGAAACGCUACAUAAACGUCCUCCAAGUUUGCUGCCAUUUAGUGGCCAUGAGCUCCGCCUGUUACAACCCCUUCAUCUAUGCUUCACUGCACAGCAAGGUGCGCAUGCAUCUGAAAGGCUACCUCUGCCCAUGCCGCAACCGUCAGAGGGAAGCCGUGGAGAGACCGUCAUCCAGGAGCUGA